AGUGGUUUUGUGGUCAUUCUUUGUGUGCCAACAACAAGCAAAAACAGCCCUAUUAGCUUUCACACAUUUCCCCGUGAUGUGGACCGUCGGAGAUAGUGGAUGCAAGCCAAGAGAUUGGAAUGGCCGCUGUCUAAAAUAUCGGAUUAUAGCCUACAUUUUCGUAGCAGCGACCUGUUGAAAACAACUGAUGGUUGUUAAAACAGUUAAAAAAGAGGUGGUGGCCUGUAUUUUUAGAUUGGAGUCAACUGAAACACGAGGGCUUGCUUGUGGGCACGAAUAUUAGUGUUGCUGUUUCUGCUAGUGUUGCUUUGGACCACGACUACGACGGACGGCCAUCGCCUGCUAAGGUGAAGCUAGUUGCAGAGCAUUGAUUACAGGAAAGAGAGAACCUUGGAUCUUUGGAUCCUCCAGUGGGACCAUGGAUGAAAUGGAGGAAAAGCCGCUGAUCUCUGGCUGUAACGAGACUGAAAUGCACCAGGUUGACCUGAGAUUGAUCUUGAAAGAAGAAGACAUAAAAGAGGAGGAAUAUGGUCAUAUGAUAUCAUGUCAGGUCAAAGAUGAAGAAGAAGAAAAGCCCUUUGCAGAACGUCACUGUAAAAUUGAAAGAGACGAUACAGACUCUAACGAUGAAACACUACAGACACCAGCGGAGAUUGAAGUGGAGAUUGAGGAGGACGAGCAGCACGAUUACCAGCUGAAAAGUGAUUCUACUGUAACUCGCAUGGUUACUAUGGUAACUCUUGCAGGUGCAUCACAACAUCCACAUUUAAGGCAACCGAAGAUCCAUGGACAGAAUGAUGAACUCAACCUGCAGCUCAAAGGAAGAAUGUACCACUGCACAGUCUGCAGGAAGAGUUUUACAUCCCUUUCUGAACUUGAGAAACACCAGCAAAUACACACUACUAAUGUUGCUUUUUCACAAAUGUCAACUCUUAAAAGUCACAUGCUAAAACACACAGGAAAGAAGCCUUAUCAAUGUGUCCAGUGUGGAAAAGCAUUUGCUCAUCCUUCACUGCUGAAAAAUCAUAUGCUAACACACACUGGAGAGAAGCCUCAUAAAUGUGUCCAGUGUGGAAAAGCUUUUACAACAUCCCGUGAUCUUCAACGCCACAUGCUUACACAUACUGGAGAGAAACCUCAUAAAUGUGUCCACUGUGGAAAAGCUUUUACACAAAGUUCAACUCUUAGAACCCAUUUAUUGAUACACACUGGAGAGAGGCCUCAUGAAUGUAAUCAAUGUGGAAAAACUUUCACAAAAAUGGAAACUCUAAAAAAACACAUGUUAAUACAUACAGGAGAGAGGCCUCAUAAAUGUGCCCAGUGUGGAAAAGCAUUCAGAGCUUAUUCAGAUCUUAUACGCCACAGGCUCACACAUACUGACAAGAGUCCUUAUAAAUGUGUCCAGUGUGGAAAUGCCUUCAGAUACCCUUCAACUCUUCAAAGCCACAUGCUAAUACACACAGGAGAGAAGCCUCAUAAAUGCAAUCAGUGUGGAAAAGCUUUCAGACAAAUAGGAACUCUAAAAAGACACAUGCUAAUACACACUGGAGAGAAGCCUCAUAAAUGUGCCCAGUGCGGAAAAGCAUUCAGAGGAUAUUCAAACCUUGUAUGCCACAGGCGUACACACACUGACAAGAGUCCUUAUGAAUGUCCCCAGUGUGGAAAAUCUUUUUCACAAAUGUCUAAUCUUAAAUCCCAUAUGGUAAUUCACUCGGAAGAAAAGCCUCAUAAAUGUGCCUCUUGUGGAAAGGAUUUUAAACGGAUUUCGGAGUUGAAGACCCACAUGCUAACACACAGUAAAGAGAAGCUUCAUAAAUGUGUCCAGUGUGGAAAAGCAUUUGUGCACCCUUCACUGCUGAAAACCCAUAUGCGAAUUCACACUGAAGAGAAGCCUCAUACAUGUGUCCAGUAUGGAAAAGCAUUAGCAACAUCCAAAUAUCUCAAAAAACACAUCUUAACACAGAAGCCUCAUAAAUGUGUUCAGUGUGGAAAAGCAUUUGCUCAUCCUUCACUGCUGAAAAAUCAUAUGAUAACACACACUGGAGAGAAGCCUCAUAAAUGUGUCCAGUGUGAUAAAGCUUUUACAACAUCCCGUAAUCUUCAACGCCACAUGCUUACACAUACUGGAGAGAAACCUCAUAAAUGUGUCCACUGUAAAAAAGCAUUUACACGAAGUUCAACUCUUAGAACCCAUUUAUUGAUACACACUGGAGAGAGGCCUGAUGAAUGUAAUCAAUGUGGAAAAGCUUUUACACAAACGGAAACUCUAAAAAAACACAUGUUGAUACAUACAGGAGAGAAGCUUCAUAAAUGUGCCCAGUGUGGAAAAACAUUUGCGCACCCUUUACUGCUGAAAACCCAUAUGCGAAUUCACACUGGAGAGAAGCCUCAUAAAUGUGUCCAGUGUGGAAAAGCUUUUAGAACCUCCCACGAUCUUCAACGCCAUAUGCUUACACAUACUGGAGAGAAACCUCAUAAAUGUGUCCAGUGUGAAAAAGCUUUUUCACAAAUGUCAAGUCUUAAAAACCAUAUGCUAUUACACACUAGAGCAAAUUCUUAUCAACAGGCUUUGUCUGGAAAAGGAUCUCGACGAAUUUCAAAUCUUAAUUCUCAUAUGCAAAUAUUAUUCCACACUGGAGAGAAACCUCAUAAAUGUGCCCAGUGUGGAAAAGCAUUUUCACAAAGUUCAACUCUUAGAACCCAUUUAUUGAUACACACUGGAGAGAAGCCUCAUAAAUGUAAUCAAUGUAAAAAAGCUUUUACACAAACGGAAACUCUAAAAAAACACAUGUUGAUGCAUACAGGAGAGAAGCCUCAUAAAUGUGCCCAGUGCGGAAAAGCAUUUCAGCACCCUUCACAGCUGAAAACCCAUAUGCGAAUUCACACUGGAGAGAAGCCUCAUAAAUGUGUCCAGUGUGGAAAAGCUUUUAGAACCUCCCAUGAUCUUCAUCGCCACAUGCUUACACAUACUGGAGAGAAACCUCAUAAAUGUGUCCAGUGUGAAAAAGCUUUUUCACAAAUGUCAAGUCUUAAAAGUCAUAUGCUAUUACACACUGGAUCAAAUUCUUAUCAACAGGCUUUGUCUGGAAAAGGAUCUCGGUGAAUUUCAGAUUUUAAUUCUCAUGUGAAUAUUAUUGCACACUGGAGAGAGCCCUCAUAAAUGUGUCCAGUGUGAAAAAGCUUUUUUUUAGUAAUGUCUAGUCUUAGACGCCAUAUGCUAGUACACACUUAAAGAUUAUAAACAGGAGGUAAUGAAUAUGUGCAAAGUCAAAAUGGUGAUGUAAAACUGGUUGUGAAUUGAAAAAAUACUGGAAUAAAUCAAUUGAUUUAAUUAAGUUAAAGGUGAUUUUUAAAAAAAAAAAAAAUCAGUAGUAUGGUGAAAGCUGUGGAAAGCUUAUUGUUUAUAGUGCUUGAAUGUGACUAAAAAUGAUUUGAGCACAAUCACUAAAUGCACCUAAUGACCACCUAAUAAUGAACCUCAGAGAAUAAAGAAAGAUUGAAUGAA